AUGUCCCGAGAAUUAUGCCCACGCGUAAACUCCUGCGGCUCUGCUUGGAUUUUGUCCGCGCUCGUAUUUGCGGUGAACGCGAUCGACGUGGACGCGUACAGCUGUCAUGAAGUGAGGACCGCUUUCCAGCUGCGGCAGGUCGGGCCGCUGCACCGCGUCCCGGAGACACCUGGCAGAGAUGUCGAUCUGUUGGUUUGCAAGCACCAGGGUCCGUCAUGCUGCACCCGGAAGAUGGAGGAGAGCUACCAGUUGGCUGUAAAAAGAGAAACCCUCCACAACAUUCAGUCCUACAGCUAUGAGCUGGAGCACCUCAUCUCCGGCCACUUGGAUGCCUUCCAGGACAUGUUCCAGUACCUUCUAUCCUUCUCUCAGGGCCACCUGAGUUCUCUGUUGGAGGGAACCUACUCAUCCCUGUCCCGUCAAGCCCUACCCCACGUUAACCAACUCUUCUCCUCCCUCUCCCUCUACCUCCGUGGGGCUAACGUCUCCGUUGAGGCGUCCAUUCACCAAUUUUUUAACAACCUCUUCCCACUCGUCUACACGCGGCUCAUCAAUCCUGGCCUUGAAGGCAACAUGAUGAUGGGCAGCGAAAUGGAUGACUGUCUCCGUAUGAUCAGGCAGGAUGUCAACCCCUUUGGGCCUCAUCCAGCAGUCAUGGCCCAGGAGCUGGAGGGGGCACUGGGAGCCGGGAGACAACUGGGCCUGGCCCUGGAGGAGGGUCUGGAAGUGAUGAACGCCACCGAACAUGUCAGCAUGAGCAAAGAGUGUGUGAAGGGCCUGGUGAAGAUGGUGUACUGCUCCCACUGCCGAGGCUUGACGCUCAUCAAGCCCUGCGUGGGCUACUGUCUGAAUGUAAUGCGAGGCUGCUUGGCCAGCGUGUCAGAGCUGGACCAGCCCUGGAGGAGGUAUAGCAGCCUGUUGGAGCAGCUAACCCACGCCAUGGCUGGGCACCACAGUCUGGAACUAGCCCUGCUAGGGGUGAGGGGGCACGUUAAUGAAGCCCUGCUCUACGCACAGCUCCAUGGUCCGCUUGUUACAGCCACAGUGGACAAGGUGUGUGGUCUGUCUACAAGGGAACCUACAAGCAUGCAGCCUAUGAGCCCAGAGGUCACAACCUCCAACUCGACUGUGACCUUGUCCUCCCUUCCGCCACCUGCCGCCCCGUCCCAACCUCUACCGGAGCAGUGGCUGGGGCAGUUAGCCCACUUGAGGAGCUCGUUCCCCCUGAAACCCUCCAAGAACAAUAAACAUAGUCUGAGAACACUCUCUAGGGAGUUCUUGAUGUACCUGCAGCGCUACAAGUCUUUCUUUGCGGCUUUGCCAGAGAUGCUGUGCGAAGGGGAGAACGUGGUGGACGACUCCACGUGCUGGAGCGGCGAUGAAGUGGUGGAGAGCUAUACUGGCAGAGUUGUAGGAAAUGGUCUACACGCCCAGAGGCAAAACCCAGAGGUCAAAGUUCGGAGCCCAAACCCUACACUGGCUGAGGUCAAGGAGAGGUUGGAGCUCUUCAACCAGGAGAUCCAGGAGAGGUUUCCAAAACUGGGCCAGAUGGAUGCCUGGGAUGAGCUGGGCAGUGGUGAAACAGUGGAGAGCAGCACCACAGACUGUGAUGAUGAAGAUGGAUGUCAAGCCUCAGGAGACGGUCAGGACCAGACCUCGCAUCCAGACGCCUCAAGUGAAGGAAAGUCCAAUGGGAGACAGCCCGGAAGUGACAGCCCACGUGAGACCCCUUCCAAGCCCCCCUCAGUGAAGGUGAUAGGGGGCUCGCCGUCUGCCAGCUGGGCACGGCCCUGGAGCCUCGCACUGCUCUUUGCUGCACUUUGUCUGCAGUGGACCCUGUUCUGAUGCCAGUGCCCUCUGUGAAUCCCCCCCACUGCCCCCUGCCUCCUUUUUAGGAAGCGCAUACAUGC